AUGGAGGAAUUUGACCUUGUAGAUCAUGAGUGGUUUGCAUACAUGUUCAAGAUUAGGCAUCUUUGGAUCCCUGCAUAUUUCAGGGACAUGUUUAUGGGUGGGUUACUACGUUCUACUUCAAGGUCUGAAGGUGAAAACAGUUUCUUUUGUAAUUUUAUAAACCCCCAUGUGACCUGUGUUGAAUUCUUUGUCCGUUAUGAAACUGCUCUUGAUGCUCAAAGGCAUGAACAGGAUGAGUUGAACAAGCUUAAUAAAUCUGAGCCUCAAUUGCUUAUUCAUUUACACUUGGAAAAGCACGCUGCUGUUGUUUACAGUCGUGCCAUCUUUUAUGAUUUUCAAGAAGAAUGUCAGGAAGCUUGUUUGUCAUGUGGUGUUGAAAGUUGUAGUUCUCUGUAUGGAGAUGGUGUGGAGUUUUCUGUAAUUGUUGAUCAUGAGAAAAGGAAAAACUUUGACGUAAAUUUUGACUUGGCCACAUAUGAGUGCAGUUGUACUUGUAAAAUGUUUGAGAGUCAAGGCAUCUUAAGUAGACACAUUCUGUUUAUUAUGAACGACAAGUCUAUACGUGAAAUUCCUGAUCUUUAUAUCAUGAAUCGUUGGAGAAAAGACAUUCUGCAGAAAGCUUCAGUCAUAAAUGUUGUUCUGGAUGAUGCUUCUAAGUAUGAUAAGAAGAAGCAAUUGGAGCAAAUGUUAACAAAGAAUAAUCCUGAAAAUGCAACUAGUUCAAAAGAGGUGAAAGAUGUUGUUAUUCAGGUUUUGGUUGGGUCAAAUGAAGUAGAUGUAAACAUCUUGCCUCCAAAUCAGUGUCUUAAAAAAGGUUCUGCCAGAAGUUCAAAGCGGUUGAAGAGUGCAAAAGAAGUAGCUUCUGAAGAAAAAUCCAAAAAGGGCAUAACCUGUAGAGCUUGUGGGCAACCUGGUGUUUCACAUGCAGUAGAAAUUGUCCAAACAAGUAGUUCUUUAGGUGUUAUUACACUUGUACUUUUUUUUAUAGAUAUUUUACCUUUUUAUUAUAAUACUUGGAAAUUUAAAGAUGUUUUGGAAGAUCAAGAUUAA